UUCCUCUGCUCUCUCUCUCUCUCUCUCUCUCUCUCUCUCUCUCCCUCUCUCUCCCUCUCUCUCUCUAUCCGAGCCUCAUUCUUGGGUAUUGACUUCAUUACAGGCAGCCUCCCUCCAUUGUCACCUUAAACAAGUGCGGGGGGUUUAAUCAUUUUUAUUCCCGGCUCUUCUGGUCAAGACGGAGCACUUUUUUUUUUUUGAUUGAAAUAUCUGCUACCUGCUGUGUAUAGAUAUAUUUUUCUCUCUCUUUUCUUCAUUCCCCUUCUCGCCUUGCGGAUGGUCUUAUUGUCUUUGUUGGGGCUCGCUCCAGGAGGACUGAUAUUUGGGGAGCUCGGGGGAAAAAACUGCUGAGCUCCGCAAGGAAGUUGCCUGAGGCGGACAGGGGACCCCGAGGAGUCCGCGGAGGAGGCUGGAGACGGAUCUUCUCACCCUUCUCACACUGUCGGAUGAAUGAGAUUUUCUGAGGCUCCACUGAAGAUGUGACUCGUGGAUUACAGGAACAACUCGCAAAGUCGAUUACACCGCUGCCGCGUUUCUAAGCCGCCGCUCUCUUCAUCACGCCCGCCUCUUCUGGAAUAUGAUUCCCUCAUGGGGCUCGGCUAGCUCCACCCUUGGGGUCCUUUACCCCUCCCUUUUUGACCAAUAGUCGCUACUUUUUAAUAUUCCCAAAAAAGCACAUCCUCACUUUUGGAAUACCCGCCUGAAAGCCCUCUUUAAGAUCACCUUGGCUAUUGUUUGGUAAUCAUUCAUUCAUCAUGGAACCACAGUGGAACCCGACUUCCUACCCUCAGUCUCCCUCUGUUGUCUUCCUGCUCAUGGCUAUUUCCUACACUUGGCUCCUUCCGGUCACCUCCCCUCAGCGGAUCCCAACAGACCCUCAGGCGGCGCCUGAGUACGCCCAUUCCAUCCGACUGGACGGGGACAUCAUCCUCGGCGGAUUAUUUCCCGUGCACUCGCGGGGAGAUCGUGGCACGCCUUGUGGGGAGCUGAAAAAGGAAAAAGGCAUCCAUCGUUUGGAGGCCAUGAUGUUCGCCAUCGACCUGAUCAACAAGGACCCGGAUCUGCUGCCCAACAUCACACUGGGGGCCCGGAUCUUGGAUACCUGCUCCAGGGACACAUAUGCUCUGGAGCAGUCCCUGACUUUUGUGCAGGCGUUGAUAGAGAGGGAUGGCUCCGACGUCCGCUGCGCUAACGGAGACCCCCCGAUCUUCACCAAGCCGGAUAAAAUCGUAGGGGUGAUUGGAGCCGCGGCCAGCUCAGUGUCCAUCAUGGUGGCCAACAUCUUGCGCCUGUUUAAGAUCCCACAGAUCAGCUACGCCUCCACAGCGCCAGAGCUGAGCGACAACACCCGCUACGACUUCUUCUCCCGCGUGGUCCCGCCGGACUCCUACCAGGCCCAGGCCAUGAUGGACAUCGUCACAGCAAUGGAGUGGAACUACGUGUCUACUCUAGCCUCAGAGGGCAACUACGGAGAGAGCGGCGUGGAGGCCUUCAUCCAGAUCUCCAGAGAAACUGGUGGUGUGUGUAUUGCCCAGUCCUUGAAGAUCCCCAGGGAGCCCAGGUCAGGGGAGUUUGACAAGAUCAUCAGACGCCUCCUGGAGACCUCGAAUGCCAGGGCUAUCAUCAUGUUCGCUAAUGAGGAUGACAUACGACGAGUUCUGGACGCAGCUAAAAGGAACAACCAAACAGGUCACUUCCUGUGGGUGGGUUCAGACAGCUGGGGGUCCAAAAUCUCACCCGUGAUUGGCCAGGAGAGAGUGGCCGAGGGAGCCAUCACGAUUCUUCCCAAACGAGCAUCUGUGGAUGCAUUUGAUCGGUAUUUCCGUAGCCGCUCACUGUCCAACAACCGAAGAAACGUUUGGUUCGCUGAGUUCUGGGAGGAAAACUUCAACUGUAAGCUGGGGAUGCACGGUAAACGGCCCGGUAGCCUGAAGAAAUGCACAGGCUUAGAAAAAGUUGGUCGUGAUUCCAGUUACGAACAGGAGGGGAAGGUUCAGUUUGUUAUGGAUGCCGUGUACGCCAUGGCCCAUGCCCUGCACCGCAUGCACCGGGAACUCUGCUAUGGAUACCCAGGCCUCUGCCCGCGCAUGGCCAGCAUCGACGGCAAAGAGCUGCUCAGCCACAUUCGUGCAGUCAGCUUCAACGGAAGUGCCGGUACACCAGUGGUUUUCAAUGAGAACGGAGAUGCUCCAGGAAGAUAUGAUAUCUUCCAGUACCAGAUUACCAACAGGUCUACUGCUGAGUACAGAGUCAUCGGCUCCUGGACCAAUAAACUCCACCUCAAAGUCGAGGCCAUGCGUUGGAAGUCGGGUGACCCAUCUCUCCCACCCUCUGUAUGUAGCAUCCCGUGUCGUGCAGGAGAAAGGAAGAAAGUGGUCAAAGGCGUGCCGUGUUGCUGGCACUGUGAGCGCUGCGAGGGAUAUCAUUAUCAGGCAUCAGAGUUCACCUGUGAACUGUGUCCAUACGAAAUGCGACCUGAUGUCAACCGCACCGGCUGCGUUCCCAUCCCGAUCAUCAAGCUGGAGUGGCACUCCCCCUGGGCCGUGGUCCCCGUCUUCAUCUCCAUGCUGGGGAUCAUCGCCACCUCUUUCGUCAUCGUCACCUUUGUCCGGUACAAUGACACGCCCAUCGUGCGAGCGUCAGGGCGGGAGAUGAGCUACGUGCUGCUGACGGGAAUCUUCCUGUGCUACGCCAUCACGUUCCUGAUGAUUGCCACGCCGGAUGUGGGAGUGUGCUCGUUCAGGAGGAUUUUCUUGGGCUUGGGGAUGUGUUUCAGCUAUGCUGCGCUGCUCACCAAGACCAACAGGAUACACCGCAUCUUUGAACAAGGGAAGAAGUCUGUAACGGCACCCAGGUUCAUCUCUCCUGCCUCCCAGCUCGUCAUCACCUUCUCACUCAUCUCCGUUCAGCUGCUGGGCGUCUUCGUCUGGUUCGCGGUGGACCCUCCUCACACGGUCGUAGACUACGGCGAGCAACGGACCCAGGAUCCCUUGUCGGCGCGCGGCGUCCUCAAGUGCGACAUCUCUGACCUCUCCCUCAUCUGCUCCCUUGGUUACUCCAUCCUGCUGAUGGUGACGUGCACAGUCUACGCCAUCAAGACGCGAGGCGUGCCGGAAACCUUCAACGAAGCCAAGCCCAUCGGAUUUACCAUGUACACCACCUGCAUCAUCUGGCUGGCAUUCAUACCCAUCUUCUUUGGCACGUCACAGUCCGCAGAGAGGAUGUAUAUCCAAACCACCACCCUGACCAUCUCUCUCAGCCUGUCUGCCUCCGUCUCUCUGGGGAUGCUCUACAUGCCCAAGGUCUACGUCAUCCUCUUCCACCCCGAGCAGAACGUCCCCAAACGAAAACGCAGCUUCAAGAUGAACGGACCCGGAGCAAAAAGUUACGAAGUGCAAAAACAGAGCGGGAAUGACAGAGACACCGUUCACCUGGCAAUCGUGACAGCUGCCACCAUGUCGGGGAAACUGUCCCAGAAGGGAGGGGACCGGCCCAACGGAGAGGUGAAGACCGAAUUAUGUGAGAGCAUGGAGACCAACACUUCAUCAACUAAGACGACAUAUGUCAGCUACAGCAAUCAUGCCAUUUGAAGGGACCACAGAAGAAGAAGAAGAAGAAGAAGAAGAUGAAGGGAAGUGAUUGGACAUGAGAGGGGGGCGUGUCUUUGGGGGUGGGGGUGGGGGGUUUCAGCGUCAAGCGAAAGAAGGAGCUGUCAUUCAUAAGCUGAUUGGCCGAAGAACUGGCGGACAGACGGAGCACCCAAUGGAAUUCAAGCAUGAGACAUUUUGUAUUGUUCCGCAUUAAACCACAGAGAGGUGGGACCACAUAAACAGCCAGUCAGUGUGCCUGCUUUCCCGCUGCUCACAGCUCAUUGGUCCUACCAUGAACUUACCUGUUUAAAUAAAAAAAA